UUCACUAUCUGGCCUACAUGAGCGUGAAGGAGCUGAAGGAGGCGCUGCAGCUGAACAGCACCCACUUCCUCAACGUCUACUUCGCCAGCUCGGUGCGGGAGGAGCUGGCUGGUGCUGCCACCUGGCCGUGGGAUAAAGAGGCCCUCAGCCACCUGGGUGGCGUGGUCCUCAACCCAGCCUAUUAUGGCAUGCCGGGCCAUACCAACACCAUGAUCCACGAAGUAGGACAUAUCCUGGGACUCUACCACGUCUUCAAGGGAGUGAGCGAAAGGGAAUCUUGUGAUGAUCCCUGCCGGGAGACGACACCUUCCAUGGAGACCGGAGACCUCUGUGCUGACACCGCCCCUACCCCCAAAAGUAAACUCUGCCGAGAUCCAGAGCCUGCCAAUGACACCUGUGGCCACACCCACUUCUCCGGCACGCCGUUCAACAACUACAUGAGCUACACAGACGACGCCUGCACCGACAGCUUUACCCCCAACCAAGUGGCUCGAAUGCAUUGCUAUUUGGAUCUGGUGUACCAGCGAUGGAGCCAGGGUAGGAAGCCCACUCCAAUUCCCCUGCCCCCCGUGGUCUCCGGGCAGAGCCAAGACUCCCUCACCAUCCACUGGCUGCCUCCCAUUAGCGGUGUUCUCUAUGAAAGGGACCCCAGCACCCUCUGCGGAGACUGCACUGAAGAUGGUACGUUCAGCCAAUACGUACACGAGGCCUCGUCCCCUCGGGUCUGUGACUCCUCCGGCUACUGGACCCCCGAGGAGGCUGUAGGUCCGCCCGACGUGGAUCAGCCCUGUGAACCCAGCCUGCAGGCCUGGAGCCCGGAGCUCCACCUGUACCACAUGAACAUGACUGUUCCUUGCCCCCUACCCCACGGUUGUAUCCUGGAGCUGCAUUUUCUGCACCCCGUGUACCCAGAGUCUCUUGUGCUAUGGACCACCUACCUCUCCACCGACUCGCCCAAGGCCUUGUCUGACAUUGAAAUCCUGACGGAGCAUGGGGAGUCCAUCCACCUGGGCCCCCUGGACACUUUCUGUGACAUCCCCCUCACCGUUAGACUCAACAUCAACAGGAAGGUGUCUGGGGUGAAGGUCUACACCUUCGACGAGCGGAUGGAGAUCGAUGCGGCUCUCUUAAUCUCCAUCCCCCAGAGCUCCCUUUGCUCCAGCUGCAAACCUGUGCGGUACAGGGUCCUCCGGGACCCUCCGUUUGCUGGCAGCUCCCCCAUAAAGAUGUUGCACGUGCACCGGAAGUUCACCGACACGGAAGUCACGCCAGGCCAGGUGUACCGGUACCAGGUGCAGACUGUGGCUGGGGCGGCCAUGGGUGAACCCUCUCCAUCCUUGAUCCAUACUCACGGUGCUCCCUAUUGUGGAGAAGGAAAAGUGACCUUGAGCUUGGAGGAGGAGUGUGAUGAUGGAAACCUGCUAGAUGGAGAUGGCUGCUCUGGGAAGUGUAAAAAGGAAAAAGGCUUCAACUGUGUUGGAGAGCCGAGCCUGUGUUACGUCCACGAGGGGGACGGAGUGUGCGAGCCCUUCGAGAGGAGAAGCAGCGUCCUAGAUUGUGGCCUCCACACGCCCAAAGGGUUCGUGGACCAGUGGGCCGCACAGGCGUACACCUCCCACCAGGACAAGGAGGCCUGCCCUGUUUCCAUGGUGACUGGCGAGCCUGUGGUGCGGGUGUGCCAACCCCAUCUUCAAGAUAUGCUGGAGCUUCAUUCCCUUGCUGCUUGGUUCCCCUGCACCACCAGCCACGACAACGUUCAGGUUGCUGAGGGGGAGAAAACAUCGUUGGAUGACGGGAGAGUUUGGCUCAAAGUGUGCUUCGAUAGACCCGGACUGGCUACCUCAGUCUUUAUUUUCCUGGCCUCGGAUGGCGUUGCCCUGGGCAACCAGCACAAGCCGACUGUGACCGUCCAGCUGGGGGACGAGAGGAGACACAACCACUCGCUGGGGACGCACGAGCUGUCAUGUCAGCGGAACCCCUUGGUCAUCAACGUGACCCACGGCCAGGAUUUCCUUUUCCACCGGAUCACCUCGGUGCUGCUCAACUUCUCCUCCCCGCUAGUGGGCGUCUCAGCCGUGGCCUUGCGAACUUCCUCCCCCCUCAGCUCUUCUGUGCCGAACACCUGCUUGGCGGAGCCCGAGGGACACGGCCUCCACCGAUACAGCUGCGCCCGCCCGGCCUGCGGGGAGCACGGCAGCUGCCUGCCAUUGCAGCUGGACCACGCCUCGGUGAACUGCACGUCCGGCGGCCCAGGACACAUGAAAUGCGCCGUCACCUGUGAGACGGGAUUCGUCCUCCAGUCCAGCAGCGGGAAGCGGGUGAGCCCCAGCGAGAAAGAGUUUCUGCUGACGUGCAGCUCCGGGCGGUGGGACAGAUCCGUGACCUGUGACCCCGUGGACUGCGGCGUUCCCGACCAAUCGCACGUGUACUAUGCUGAGUUCUCCUGCCCCACGGGGACCACCUUCCUGGAGCGCUGCUCCUUCACCUGCAUCAAACCAGCUAAGCUUCAAGGAAUGAGCCAAUGGCUGACCUGCCUGGAGGAUGGGCUCUGGUCGCUCCCGGAAGCCUACUGCAAGCUGGAAUGUGAUGCACCUCGCGCGGUGGCCAAUGCCAGGCUGCUGGUGCCCCGGUGCCUGCAAGGGAACCACGACGUGGGGUCUGUCUGCCGCUACAAGUGCAAGCCGGGAUACCACGUGGCCGAGAGCAUGGAGAGCAAACCCCGGAAGAAACUGUUGAAGAUCCACUGCCUGGAAACGGGAGUCUGGGAGGAAGGCAGCUGCAUCCCAGUGCUGUGUGAGCCGCCCCCGCCUGUCUUUGAGGGGAUGUACAACUGCACCCACGGCUUUGAGCUGGACACGCAGUGUGUGCUCCGCUGCGACCCUCAGAGCAAAAGGGUUCCUAUCCUUUGCACUAAAGAAGGCCUGUGGACGGAGGAGUUUAAAUUAUGUGAAAACCUUCAAGGCAAUUGUCCACCGCCACCAGAGCUGAAUUUAGUGGAGUACAAGUGUGAACAAGGCUAUGGCAUCGGUGCUGUGUGCACGCCUGCCUGCGUAAUCCCCCCCAGCGACCCAGUGAUGCUGCCCGAAAACGUUACUGCUGACACUAUGGAUCACCGCCUGGAACCUACCAGAGUCCAGAACAUUGUGUGCACUGGCAGGCUGCAAUGGCACCCAGACCCUACAGUCAUUCACUGCAUCCAGUCGUGUGAGCCUUUCCAAGCAGACGGCUGGUGUGACACCAUCAACAACCGGGCGUAUUGCCAGUACGACGGGGGUGACUGCUGCUCUUCCACACUGUCCUCCAGGAAGGUGAUCCCCUUUGCUGCUGACUGUGACCAAGACGAGUGCACCUGCCGGGACCCAGCGGCCGAAGAGAAUCAGUAACGGCACCGCAAGCAGCCUGUCGGCAAGGCAAGCGCCACAGGAAUGAAUGGGAAACCACCAGGGCCGGCGGGAGAGCGAAAGGCUGCUGGGAGGGGAAGAGGAAAGGGAUCCGAAUCACAACAGGACGAUCUCUGCAUGACAUCGGGUACAGGCACCCACCCGUCCGAGGUGUCGCGAGAGAAGGGGUGUGAAUGGUGAGAGACGGGGAAACAAACGAGGAGAUGGCCAAUAGAGAGCGGGACGACCCCUCGUUACACCCCCGACCCCUCUCUCACCCCCUUUCAGAACCAAAACCGAGACCCAGGGCCUUCGCCGAAGCCCAGGGAACUCGGCAAGGACGAGUCUUUCCGUUGACUCCAGCCAGCUUUGGAUCAGGCUCCAGAGCCAAGAGUUGAGAAGCUGCCGUGGACACUUUAUGUUACUGUAUCAAUGGUCUGUCACCGCUGAGUGUCCUGCUCUGAGUUUCCUCACUACUCACUUUCUCUACUGUCUAGGCUUCUUUUAGCAAGGUUGAGAUAGUUGUGAGCUCGCAAAUAUUUAAACAUAAUUAUAUAUAUAGUUAUAUAUAUAUAAUUAUAUAUAUCUAUAAUUUUGCUGUUUAUUAAGCUGAGAAAGAAUACCUUUUAUAACACACGUGCUGCUGUGAAGUACAAACUAUUGGAAAAGAAGUGAACUUGCCAGAAUAUGCUGGGAGGGAAAGGGAAACCGAGGCACACCAAGCAGGGGCUUUAAUUCUACUGAGAGAUGUCUUGCCAAUAACCAACGUUAGGGGCAAAUCCUGAGAUGUACUGAGCAUACACAGAUCCCAGGGACCUCAGCGGGAUUUUCAGGUGCUCCACGUCAUUCAGAAUUUGUCCCUAAGACGGUAUUUAUCCUUCAGAAUGUACAAUACUCUUGAAUAGCUCCACCAAAUACUACAGCUUACUAUAGUCUUAGUACAGGAUGGUUACCCUGGAAUAGUACUGUGCUAUCACUAGAGAAUGCUUCAUUAUGGCCUAUUACUCCAACAUUUUCUAGGGUGGUUCUUAACACUAGAAUACUCUAGUAUGUGGGAGUAUUCUAGAAUACUCUCAGAUAGGCCAUUACUCCAGAAUUUUCCAGUAUGGUUCCUUACUCCAGAUACUCUAGUGCAGGCCAAUAUUCCAGAACACUGUCGAAAAGCCCUCUCUCACGGGGUCAUUGUUCUAGUCUCUGCUUUCGUCUGACUUUGUCUCUUCCCCCUUCAGUGGUUGGUGACCCAGGUUGGAAACGAACGUGCAAGAGCCAGGCAAUCCGGAACAUCCCAUCUCAUAGUCUGUAAAAAGAUAAGAUCCAUCCUCCUUAAAAUCCCUCUCUGGUCAUGGGAGCUCUAGGAUCCAAACUCGGUAUAGGAAGCUUCUCGGAGGACUCUUGGGAGAUGCUAAACCACUUCCCAAGAAAAUUUGUCACCCUCUUGGUGUUUAUUUUUCUGGUCUUCGUUGCCCUUCACUUACACCAUAAAAUAUUACAAGGUCUCUUAGCCUGAACACGACCUUUUGUAGGUCACCAGUGACAUAAUGGAGAUGAGUUUCUAACCAAGCAUGAGGUCAACCAACAACAUUAGGUCCCAGACUCAGACUUCCCGGACGUUCACAUAAGUGAUUGGAAUCAACCCAUGAUAGACCGAUGCCAGAUUUGGGACUUAGGGCUAGUGAAUUACUCUAGUGUGUGAGCUUUUCGAGCUGGAGUUUCGAUGGGCCCUCGUUUAAUUUCUAACCAAUUUUUGGAAUCAUGUUCUAGAGGGAGGAAAUUGAUGAGACAUGGAAAAGGGGGGUGGGGGAGAGGCGAGAAAAGGGAUAGAAAAGUGAGGAAAGAGUAGGGAGAGAAAAUGUGACGGUCUCAAGAUAUCCCUGCUGUGGCAUUAGGGCUGAGGGAAAAUCGACCAGGGAUUUUCCUUUGACAGUGGAAGGUUGUUAGAACGAGCAAAUUGUGGAGUCUGUCUUGACCAGGCCCAUUUCAAUGGGGAAAUGCUCCUCUGGCUGCCCAGCACAUGGAAGGAGAGUGACUCUGUAGGGCGUCAGAAUGUCAGAGUCCAGCAUGCAGUUGGCUCGUGCCAGCCUGUUCUUAAGGCACGUCAAAGGGGGCUCUUAAGGGCAACACCCUGCCCUACUGUGUAGAGCCCUGCAGCAAGUCCCAUGGCUUGGUCUCUCCCCCUUUCCUGAGCUGGGAGGGGUAGGAUACAGGAUCAGAUCCAGAGGACAGAUGGAGGAUGAGUUAAUGUGUCACUUCACCCAACAGUAGGGCUACUCUGUUGAAACUGCCUUUUAGACCAAGCAGAAUGGUUUGCAAGAGGCUCUGCUCUCAGUGGGAAAUUGUGACUCAACACCUGACAACCAAAAAGCUUCCGUUUAAAAUCUGUAAAAUUGUUGUAUGGAUGCCUUGACAUGGUGCCUCAGACCCUCAUUACUCUCCGUGAGCAGCCCCAUGUGGUGAGAAGGGACUCUUUAUCAUAUUGGAUCACGCCAAUCUUAUGUCCCCCAUGAUACACUGCAGUCUGCUCUCUUGCAGAGCCGCUGUGGUAUAUUCAAUGUCCAUCUAGCAAAGUAGCCUGUCUCCUGACAGGGGCCAGUGUCAGGUGCUUCAGAGGGAGUGAACAGAACAGGACAGUUAUCAGCAAAUCUGUCUCUUGUCCAGUCGUAGCUUCUGGCAGUCAGAGGCUUAGGACACCCAGAGCAUGGGACUGCAUCCCUACCCAACUUAGCUAAUAGCCCUCGAUGGACCUGUCCUCUAUGAAAACAUCUAGUUUUUUUUUAAUCCAUUUAUACUAUUAGCCUUCACAACAUCCCCCAGCAGUGAGUUCCACAGGUUGACUGUGACUUGUAUGAAGUAGUUCUUCCUUUUGUUAUAAGCCCCCUGCCUUUUAAUUUCACUGGACACCCACUGGUCCUUGUGUUUAUGUGAAGAGGUAAAUAGCACUUCCUUAUUCAUUUUCUCCACACCAUUAAUGAUUUUAUAGACCUCUAUUGUAUCUUACCUCCGUUGUCUCUUUUCCGAGCUAAAAAGUCCCAGUCCUCGUCAUCUCUCCUCAUAUGGAAGACGAUCCAGACCCCUAAUCAUUUUUGUUGCCUUUUCUGCAUCUUCCAAUUCUAAUGUCUCUUUUGAGAUGGGGCCAGAACUAACAGUAUUCAAAGCAGGGGCGUGCCAUCUUUUAUGAAGAUGUUGAACAGCACUGGUCCUAGUAGAGAUCCCAGAAAGAUUCCAUUAUUUACCUUUCUCCAUUCUGAAAACCGAUCAUUUAUUCCUACCCUUUGUUUCGUUUCUUAGCACCAGUUACUGAACUCUCCUCUUAUCCCACAAUUGCUGAUGAGCCAUUCGUGAGGGACAAUGUCAAGGCUUUCUGAAAGCCCAAGUACAAUAUCAUCAGAGAUCACCCUUGUCCGCAUGUUUUUUACCUCCUCCCAAAGCAUUCUAAUCGAUUGGUGGGACAUGAUUUCUCUUUACAAAACCGUAUCGACUCUUCCCCAACAAAUGAUAUACAUCGGUGUCUGUUGGUUUUGUUCUUUACUGUAGAUUCAAGCAAUUUGCCUGAUACUGAAGUUAGACUUACCAGUCUGUAAUUGCCAGGAUCACCUCUGGAGCCUUUUUUUAAAAAUUGGCAUCUCAUUAACUGAUACAAAAGCUGAUUUAAAAAAUAGGUUACAUGCCAUAGUUAGUUCUGCAGUGUCAUAUCUGAGCUUCAGGACUCUUGGAUGGAGAACAUUUGGUUGGGGUGACUUAUUACUGUUUUAUUAAUUUUUUCCAAAAUCACCUCUAAUGACACAUCUGUCUGGGAUAGUUCCUCAGAUUUGGUAUCUAAAAAAAAAAAUGGCUCAGCACAUUCACAUUCGCUGCAGGGAAGACCAUGAGCCAGACACAUCAAGGAGUCUGGAGGUGAGACCCCUGACUUACAGCACCACGGAGAUAUUGCCAUAGCAUCGUUUUUCAAGGGUUUGGCCAACAAUUUGCCAUUUUUGAAUUUUUACUGGAAAGUUGAAUUUUUCCAAGGAAAGAAUUGUUUUCCCAAGAGCCCUUCUCCACAGCCGUAGGAGGGGGCGUGCUGAUGGGCCCGUCCCGCCCGUGACUGAUUAGAAUAAGGAGAUGGGGCUGUAAAGUAGGGAAUCCGCUGGUAGGAAGCUUUCUCUCGACAACUGCUCGCUGCCCAGCCCCCUCUGCCAAACAAGCUGCGUGGCGGCGAGAGGGAGAGGCAGCCCUGGCGUCAGUGAACAGAGCGCCGUUGACGGCAAUGGAAUGCCGGCUGCUCAUACCGAGAAUAAGGACCAAGCUCUUCCUGGCCGCACCUCUUGGGUUUGCUAGCAGAGCCCUGUACAGGUCGGCUCAGCUGGGCCCUGUGUUCGAGCGGCCACGCCCCUUUGGUGCAUGUGUUGUGCCGACACAAGGCCCCAGCUCUAGCAGGUUCUCACUGCUGGGGGCUAGAAAGCAGGUUCAGACCCUUGCCCCACCAAAAAGGGGCCCAGUAGCUAGAAUGCAGCUGGCCCAGCGACGACGCCACGUGCUCCAGCAGUGCUCU